CUGAGGGAGAAGAAAUUUUCCAACACAGAAAGAAAAGCUGUGAAACGCAAAUGGCGCGAAGAAAAACUUCUAGCUCAGAUGAAAAAGGAUCGGCAGUUGCGACUUGAAAAGGAGGCUAAGACCAAAGAAGAAGAGGAAGAGAAAAUAAAGAGAAGUAGAUGUGGACGCCAUUACACAGUUGCUAUUGCUCUACCUGGAUCUAUCUUGGACAACGCCCAGUCAAUGGAACUAAGAGCCUACCUGGCUGGACAGGUAGCACGUGCAGCUGCCAUCUUCAAUGUUGAUGAAAUUGUAAUUUUUGAUGAAACAAGCCAGGCCAAACAGGACCCUUCAGAGUUUAGUGGUCUGAAAAAGCCUGGACAUGGCAACACACAACUGUUUCACAUUCUUCAGUAUUUAGAAUGUCCACAGUAUCUUCGCAAAAUGUUUUUUCCUUAUCACCAGGAUUUGAAGUAUGCAGGUCUUCUAAACCCACUGGACAUUCCCCAUCACUUGAGAGAGUCAGAUUUUUGUGAGUACAGAGAAGGUGUCACACUGAACAAACCUAUCAGUGCCAAGAAGGAGAAAGGAUCUUACGCUAAUGUUGGCCUCAAAAAGGAUGUGAUAUUAAACAUGAACAUCAAGCCAGGUCAAAGAGUGACUGUCAGACUGAAGGAACAGGAUACAGACAAGAAGAACCUGGCUGGUGUUGUAGUGUCACCGACUGAACCUCGAGAAACUGCUGGCAUUUACUGGGGAUACACAGUUCGGGUGGCCUCCUGUCUUAGUGAAGUGUUUACUGAGUCUCCACAUGAGGGUGGCUAUGACUUGGCCAUUGGUACUUCAGAAAGAGGACGGAAUGUUGAACACACGGAGAUUUCACAGUUCCAACAUGCUGUUGUUGUUUUUGGUGGGCUCAAAGGACUAGAAGCCAGUUUGGAGGCUGACAGCAACAUUCAGUCGGAUGACCCUAGUGAACUUUUUCAACAUUACGUGAACAUUUGUCCAGGCCAAGGUAGCAGAACAAUUCGUACAGAGGAGGCUAUUUUGAUAGCGAUGUCAUCACUGGCUCCAAAGCUGAAGGCAGUCCAUUAG